GGACUUUUACGUGAUGGCUUUGUGCCGUGUUGCACUGUGGAGGGCUCUCCUGCUUUUCUGCUUCCUGUUCUCAUCUGCGGCGCUGCCCACAUUCAAUGCGAGACAGAUGCCACAGCAGCUCACAAGCGACGGUGCCUUUUAUCGCAGUGCAGACGAUGUAGCCUUCCUUCAAGACCCUGGCGGUAAUGGGACAGCGGGCCGUGGCGGAAGCAAGCCCACUCUCCCUCCACCGCUCCGUAUCGACUGUCAAGUCGACAGCCGGGAGGUGGUGAAGCUCGUUGUGCGCCCAGAGGAUGGGUUGCUGCCAGAUGGCUGGAAGGACCCGUCGCAUGAGAGGCCCUUCUUCACCGGCCAGGGACACCCACCCACAAAGACAAACAGGUGACACAGAGCAUGCACAGCACGGCACACAAACGCGUUGGAUGGCUGAUUGUUUCGCUCCUGUCUCUCUGCCAGGGUGACUGCCACAUCCGGGCGGGUCCUCUGGCUGGACUUCGGCGCCAACCACUACUUCGUCACUCCUUUCUUCAACGCCACCCACCACAUAUGCAUCCCCCUCCUCCCCCCUGGCGGACCCGCCGAGGCGUCCUUUCUACUCGCCUUCCAUUUCGCUGUCUCGACCCCACCCCUCGUCGGCACCAGACAGGUGCUGCUGGACAACUUCCAGGGCUUCCAGGUCGGCUUCCUCCCCGACGAAAGCGACCCGGAAGCCGUGCAUUUCGGGGUGCUGCCUCUUGUUGCUGGGGAUCGGUCAUCGAUGGUGCGCAUAUGCUGGCGGGCGGAGGAGGGGCUGCUGUACCAUGCAAGAAGAUUGCAAGAAGAUACUGCUUGUGUGUGAGGAUGGUUGGUGGGCCCAUCUCUCUUCCCUUUGUCAGAUUUUGUGUCUCGUUGUGGCGACGGCAAGGUGGAGCCGCCCGAGGAAUGUGACACGGGGGGUGAGGCGCUGGGGUCAAGUGACUGCAGUUGCAACUGCAGAAGUAAGACCCCGUAGGUAACAGAUGCCUUGUCUCACCAUCUGUUACCUAUAUACCUGCCCUCUUCCCUCAGAGAAGUGUCCGCCAUACGCCAGCAUUCUUGGCGACCGUGCCCUCCGCUUCGCUGCCCGAUACGUGACCCCACACCAACAGCGCAAUGCACAGGCCACGUCGCCCUACGGAUUCACGUCCUCCAUUCUUGUCAAGGCGAUGGAGGCAGGGGGGGCGCUGGAACUGAAGUGCCGGGAGGAUGUCCCAUCUGUAGUCGGUGACAAGAGGCGGAAUCGCACCUUCACUGCCGACGUGGCCAGCGGCAGGGACAUCGUCAUAUGCGGUGCGAGUCGGUCGGGGGAAUUCUCGCCGCGACUCAUGGACUGCUACGGUCGGUGGGCUGGUGAGUGGUCGAUCGACUCCUGCGCCUUUCUUGGUGUCCGUCCUCAGAGACAUGUGAUCCGGAUUCUCUGCUGUGGUGGCAGCAAACAGACAUCGUGCUGCCCGAGAGGCAAGCCACCCUCCAACUUGUGUCGCCAAGAAGGGCAGGCUUGGUGCGGCACGGCGAGGCGGUCCGCGUGAGAUGCAACCCAUCGGCAGGUGUGGGUGGGGUUGAGGGGGCCCCCAGCGAACAGACACUGGAAUGUGACGACGGGCACCUAGAGCCACUCAGGCUGCCUUGCUUUGGUAAGUCAUUCAUGACAGACAGACAGAAGCCAUCGAUCCGUCACGGAAGGGGCUCUACGGCCUGUCUUCUUCUUCGUCUGUGUGUGCCACAGCCAUUUGUCCAGCCGAGAUCCGCGGCCCUCCCACCUACACCCUGCCCAUCUCACCUUCGCGUUAUUCCAUCAGCGGCGAGGGCUUUCAGGAGGGCGCCACGCGGACCCUGUCGUGCCGGCAGGGCUUCACCACCCCCACAGACAGCACGACAACCACAGAGGAGAUCGAGUGCAUCAAGGGCCAGUGGACACCCGUCACUCUCGUCUGCGAGGGGCAGUGCCCGCCAUUCGCUCUCCCCAGGGGCAAGGAGCAUCUGUAUGUGACCGACCCGCCCCUCACACGUGAGAGUGCGCCGUUUGGUAGCAGGAUCCAUGUGUAUUGCGCGAGGGGUCUGUCUCCGCCGAGUGACGGGCCGCAGAGUCUUGAGGUGGAGUGCACCUGCUACGGCACCGCUGAGGAGUGCCAGAGCAACAAGGGCACCUACGAAUGGACCGACUUCGAGCUGCCCUGCGGCGGUAGGAACCACCGACACACUGAUGGAUUCACUGCAGGGGUGUGUCUCUUUGUUGGCUACAGCCUCCUGCCCUUCCUACCAGACAGAGGAGGGCUAUAUCACAGAGCUGCCAUUCGCCCUCGGAGCCGCCUCAGCCAACAACCGCUCGACUGAGACAUCGCCGAUGGGCCACGUCAGGCAGACCGGUGCCAACGACACGACUGCAGAGGAGGCCUCCAGCGCCAUGUCUGCACUCACCGUGGUAGCAGUAUCAGGGGGGAAGGUGGUGGGCGGUGGAGGAGAGGACAGCACGGCAGCUGCUGGUGGGAGAGCAGAGGCCAGCGAUGUGACUGUGCCAGAGGGGACGGCAAUCGUGGUGGCCUGUGAUGCUGAGAAGGGCUAUGGUGUGCGACUUGGGGCUCUGCACACGCGCGACACCGUGACGUGCACUAGCCGUGGAUACUCUGCCAAGACGCUUCUCUGUUACCGAGCGUAUACACAUGACAUCUCCAGACGCCCUUGCCUUUUCUCAGGUCUGUGUGCCGCUGUCUGGCUUGCAGACAUGUGCUUGUCGUCUCCGCCUCUUCCCGACCAUCUGCACUACCUCGUGGACCCCCCUGCGGGCGACACACGCACAGGUCCCCCCUACCCCCAUGGAUACGCAGUCACCGUUAGCUGCCGCGCCGGCAGCAGCAGAGGCGAGACUGACGCCGUCCCGCUGCGGGAGACACUCACGUGUGUGCAGGGCAGAUGGACCGAACCAAACCUUGUCUGCCGAGGUGGGGCGGUGAGAGACAUUAGCUAUCGCCAGCUGGCCAUAAGAGACAUCUAUAUACGUGAGACAUGGCUGGUGUGUGUAUAUGCAGCCAAGUGCAUGGAGUGGUCGAUGCUCGAUGACGCCGUGUACGAGACGCUUCCUGAGCCGCAAGAGGCCCUCAAGAGGCGUGCGGAUGCCGCGCUCAACAAGACGGCGGGCGAGGGUGGGUGGUACGACGGUGCCAUGGUCAAGGUCAAGUGCCGACACUCAUUCGAGGAACAGGACCUCUACUGCCGAAAUGCACACUGGACACCACUCACACUCGUCUGCACACGUAACCCGCAAGACAGCAGCACUUUGACACUAGCCAGCCACUAUUGCUUCUUUCGUUCAGGUCCGUGCCCGAAGCUCUCUGUGGAGGCCCGCAAGGGCAUGGAAAGCGAGAAAUCUUUCCUUUAUGUGGUCUCGCCUGAAGAGGUCACUCGGGGGGAGUCGCAGCACGGCACUGUGGUGACGGUGAGGUGCAACCAAGACAAGGGCUUCUCGCCCGCAAGGGGGCCCGUUGAGGACCGCAUCACCUGCAACAAGGGACACUGGACGCCACAAAGGCUCUUCUGCGGACGUGAGAACGAGAGAACGGCUGAACUGACAUCUCUGUGUCCAUCAAUUGAUCAAUGUGUGCAGGAGACUGUCCCUUCAUCCCGUGGCUGCAUCCACCUGAGGCCUACCUCAUCCCCCAGAUCCGCACUCGGCCCCGCGACACACCGUCGCUGCGCCGCCCACAUAUGGCCGAGGGGACGGUGCUUAACGGCCCUGACGUGCUGGCACCCAGUGCAUCUCCCUCUCCCCCACCCUCUCCUUCACCGUCGCCAAGCCCCUCCCCCACGCCGAUCGUCACAACGACCCAGCAGCCGGUAAGACAGUAUUUCUCUCUCUGUAAGCAGCAGAUAUCAGGAUGCGUGUGUCUCUAUCUUAGACAUCGACGGAAGAGCCCAGCGACUUUGCUGAAAACGAAGGUGUCCCGGCCUUCCUGGAGGAGGGGAAAGAUGACACUACGGACUGGUCGCCCGCCACCUAUACCGCCGCCCACCAGCUGGAGAUCCUGAUCGGGCUGGAGCAUCAUCCCUCGGGCACUCAGGUGUUCAUCAAAUGCAACGGGGACCUGGGGUACUCGCCCAGCACUGGGGCGAGGAACAGAGUGGACGCCAUCGUAUGUGAGGCCGGGAAAUGGACACAGCUCCCAUUGACAUGCAUGCGUAAGCUCAUGCAGUAAGUAGAGGGCAACACGUGGGUGAGACAACACACAUGCACAGCUGUGGUUGUGUGUGCGUCUGUGUGUCCAGCUUCGUGUGGGCCUUUCCCGUCCCCUGAGCACAGUCACUUUUACUCCAUUGAGCACAUUGGGGGCAUGGCCAACACGGAUAGGCACGGCGCCAAGGUGCGCAUCACUUGCUCGGACAAGUACGCCGCUCUGCCCGAGCCCCGGUCGCCCGGCUUCGCUGAGAGCGUUUGCUUCAACGGCACAUGGCGGCCAUUCCCGCCACCAAUGCUCUGCUCUGGUACUCACACAGGCCAGAGAAACGUACGGAUGCACAAUACCAUUUCUUGUGUGCCCGUCCAUCCAUCCAUCCAUCCAUCCAAUUGAUCAGGCAGUUGCGCACCGUAUGCCCUCCCGGCCUCUCAAGUGCUGGCCAGCCCCCCCAAGGCCUUCUACUCGACGUUCGACACGAUCGACAUUGCCUGCAACACGCAGGCGGGGUACCUCAAUGCGAGUGACCGGUUCACCAAGGUCAGGAACGUGGGAGGGGAGGAGGAGGAGCCGACCAACAAGGGUGAGGGCGCCGUGCUGUCUGUAUCAACACUCACGUGUCUCCAUGGGCUCUUCAGUGAGCCGGAGCCGCCGCUCGAUUGCCGGCGUAAGCGCAUCCACGCACCCACACAUGGUCCGGCCCACAUUGACGUAUCCGCCGCUGCCCUUUUCCAGAGUCCUGCUCGGAUUUCAUAACCCUCGUCGACACCACCGAGUACUCAUUCCGUGUUAUGUCUUCCUCGGCGGAGUUCACCAACACCACUGCAUGCGCCCUACCCCCAUCCGCUCCUUCGGCAGUGGCCAACACAUCUGCCCACCCUCCCUCGCCCCUCCCCUUGCACCCGAGACAUGGCAGCUGCGUCAAGUUGGGGUGUCAGAUGGGCUACACGCCUGAUGUUGACCCGCACCAGUGGAGCGACGAGCCGUGUGCGAGUCCGGGUGAUGUGCACUACGAGCCGGUCUUCGGCAGUCGGGACUGCGAGACGCUGCGCUGCAUGGAUGGGCAAUGGAGAAGGCGGUCUUUCAGAUGCAGAAGUAGGCAGGCAACAGAGGAGGAUGGGCUCCGUUUUCCCAUGUGUGUGUCUCUUGCAGAGGACUGUCCCAACCCUUUCUUGCAUUAUCUCCCGGAGGGCCUAGAUAUCCUUAACACGACAAAGAUAAAGGACGUCUACCAUCAUGGGGAGACACUCACCAUCACGUGCCACGGUGAAGGAAGCGCAUACCUCAAGUGUGCUCGCGACGUGAAUCCGUACGUCGCACAUGUUGAUCAGAGCCGGCGGGGCGUCCGUUGACUGGCUACGCUGCGGUGCCCCCCGAGCUGCCGGACAGCAACCAGACCCUCACGUGCAACGACGGACAUUUCGACUUUGUAAAACUCGACUGCAAAAGUGCGGAAUGACAUCAGACACGAGAGAGAGAGACAGCAUCAACCAGUCUUUUCGCUGCAGAAUUGUGUGGUCCAUACUUUCCUCCUGGCCCCAAGGAUCACUACAAGCACUACCACUGGUCGACCGAUUCAGAAGGGCUCCAGUCAUCCGUCGACAGACAAGCGGAAGAACUCAUCAAGAAACGGGUGAGACAGACAGACAGGUAUCGAGGACAAACAUAUGGAGACACCGCCCGCCCUGUUGCUCUCUCUGUAUCUGUAGGGCAACACGACGGUGAGCGCUGAGGCUCUGAAGCCUUAUCUCGUUCAUCGGUCGGUGCGAUAUAUGCGGUGCGCCGACCUCUACUCGGACCCCGACUGGCCGUCGCCGUCGCCAUACGAGACUGUCGAGUGCGUCAGCGGGCUCUGGACCAUCCAGCAACUCAAAUGCACAAGUGAGUCCGAUCAGUGUCUCAACACCAUCGAUACACACUCUUGUUUGUCCGAUGUGUCUUCCUUUCAGAGCAGUGUCCCGGCAAGAAGUUCUACUACCUCCCCUCCGACGUGUACCCGACCACAUACACAGGCAGAAAGGGCGGCCUCCCCUCCCCGCGCACACCGCACACCGUGGGCUCCCUCUUCGACCGCUCGUCCCUUUAUGACGAUGGCGAUAUUUUGUCGAUCGACUGCAUCGGUCCGACGAGCCCGUCUGCGCUGCCGCCUGCGGGGGAGGAGACGACCGUGGGUAUGGGGUAUGAGGGCGACAAGUGCGACGUACGCUGUACGAGAGGCAAGUGGACCAUGCUGCCCAUCAUAUGCAAAAGUAAGGUGGCGAGGGGGAGAGAAAUGACGGGAGGUCACAGUAUGUGGUCGUGUCUGCAGGGAGGUGUCAUCCUUAUGUGAACCCUCUGCCGGCUCGGGCAGUCUGUGAGCCGCCGCUGUUUUGCAAAACCGACCCUCGGGAUCUGACGUCCGACGAGCAGCUGCACACGAUGCACCUGCCCUAUGGCAACGACACCAUGUUCCGCCACGGCUCGGCACUCAACAUCUCGUGCAUCGCGACCUACCUGCCCUCACUGCUGCCAGUGCAGGAGACCAUCACCUGCUCAGAUGGCAGAUGGGCCGCCACGCAACUCACUUGUUGGAGUAAGUGCACACAGCUAAGGAGAGCCAGCAACACCCGCACAGAAUCUCUCUGUGUCUCCAGAGCCGUGUGGAGCGUUCGAUGCCCUCGCUCGGAGUGGCGAGGACCCCUCACGGUACCUCUCAGAGCCAGACCAGAACAACCUCAACAUCACACCGGCACACUGGCGAAACGACGUGCCGCAGCCCUCACCCGGCAGCAAGGAGGCGGUGGGGCCGUACUUCCUGCAUGGGUCUCGCUACGUGGUGUCUUGCGACACGGCCAAGGGUUUCGAGUCCAUCAUGCCGCGGCCAGUGGACUUCAGCGAGUGCUUCGACGGACACUGGACCGGCGUCGCACUGCAGUGCAGACGUACGUGUGUUACUGGGGUUGGUGGUGUGGGUAUACACCUUCCCGCGUGUGUUCAUGUGUGUCUUCAGGAAGGUGUGGAUCGGUGGAGUCAGUGAUGGAGAGCCUUCACGAGGACCCGUCUCGGUACACAAUCGCCCACAAGGGAGUCACCCACGGGACUGUGGCACACCUCACGUGCGCCGAGGGAUACACACCCGUGGAGGGCCGGCCCGACGAGCUGGAGCUCAUCGAAUGCAAUGACGGCCAGUGGGGCCGACCCAACCUCAGAUGCGAAAGUAAUCCAGUGAGCGAACAGUGAUUGGCGACACACAUGGCCACAUCUCUUUGUGUGUGCAGAGAAGUGUCCGGAUUACAUGGAGUAUGCUGGAGUGUAUGACUCGGAGGUGCUCAACUCAUCAAGAUAUGUGCUCACGGGCUUCUCGGGCCAGAAAUGGGCUGGCGCCGCAUUCACCAUCGAGUGCGCUGUCGGCGCAUCCCCAGUAAGCAAGCGACAAGAGAGAGAGAGAGAGAGAGAGAGGUCCCUCAUUCGUGUCUCGUCUCGGUAUGGUUGUGACAAUGGACGGCUGCAGGAUCAGCCUGUGCAGGAGCUGACAUCCGCUGGCGAGGGUCCCCAGCUGUCGGUCGCCUCUUCUCAAGUCAUCCGCUGCCUCAAUGGCGGCUGGCAGGCACGACUGCUGUCAUGCCUCGGUAAGAAGCAGCGAUCGAAUCACAUCACAACCCUCUAAAAACACUUGGUGCCAUGUCUAUGUGUCUCACCUGCGGCCAGCCAACUGCCCCGACUAUCUGCCGGAGCCCAACUACGAGAUCGAUGAGGAGUGCGGGCAGGGAUACAUCGUCACCGGACACUCUUUUGGAUACGACAACGGUACACAAGGGACAGCACGCAGGCAGGCGGGCAGGCAGGCAAGCAGCUCAAGUGCCUGUGUGUCUCUCUGUGUCUGUCUGCGUGUCUCUCAGAUACCAAGACGGUGCGCAACGGCUUCUCCCGUGAGCUGAUGUGUUGCCUGCAGGGCAUGCCCAUCUUCGAGGACAGCGACGAGCCGAAAUGCUCGUAGGCCACGCCACAUCGCCACCUUGACCCCUUGAUUGAUUAUGUGGCUGUGGGGGGUGUGUCAGGUGGGAUUGGUCUGUGAAGGAUGCUGGUCCGAAUCCCGCCAUGACAGCCGACGACCCCACAUGGGGGUGGGACAGAGUCGUCUGCCACGACGGACAGUGGACACAGCCGCAACUAGAGUGCCACCGUAAGGAUGGGUGGAUGGUGGGUGGGUGGACAAACAAGAUGUGUCUCCACCAUCUCUUCCCCUCUGUGUGUUCAUUCAUUCAUUUGUCUAUCAGCCAACUGUGUGGCCCUCGAGGCCGAGAAGUUCAACUUAGAUCUUGGCGAGUACAAGCAGUACGGGCGGGCCACCGGUGGCCGCGAGACCAGCACAAGCUACGACAUAUUCGAAGAAGCGGUCAGCCUCUUGCAAAAGGGCAGCCAGCCGGCCACCACAGCCAGGAGGCCAACACGCGUCCCCACCCCCCGGAUCCGCCACUCUCUGAUCCAGCUGCCGCCCCCACCACGUGAGGGCGGGAGGGGUGACGAAGGCGACAUGGCCGAUGAGGACGCGACAGGGGAGGCGUUCGAGACUUAUCCAUACGGGACAACGGUGGACGUGCGGUGCGACAAGGGCAGUCUUCCAGACCCGGUGCAGGGUGAGUGGCCGAAAGAGUGGGACAAGCGCGUGACGGUGGAGGCGACGUGCAAGCGGGGGCGAUUCCAGAACAUACCUUUCGACUGCAUACGUACGUAGACACGCGAGACGGAAGGGAGAAUCCUAUCUUUUGCUUUCACAUCAUCAUACACCCUCUCUCUACCCAUGCAUGUCUCCCUGUCUUCAUCAGCCGUGUGUCCCUUCAUCCCCAAGGAGACGGACCAGUACGCGCGCUACACGCUCGUCGGCACGCGAAGGACACAGGGCGACGAACGGUACAGAAAGACACACAUCUGGAUGUCAUGUCUCUUUAGCGGCAAAUCUUGGCGCUGCAGCUUUCCGUAUGAGUACUUCAGCAAGACUUUCCCGUGGCUGGCUCGGCAUGGCAGCAUAUUCUACACCAUGUGCACCACUCCGAAGUAUGAAACGUUUAAGAACGAGACUUUCCGUGAGCAUGCGGCCGACAAUUGCGAGUGGAACGCGGGCAAGUGCCUCAACCGGAUGCUAACCGAAGGCGAGGACACACGCAAUACGCACAGGCAUACGCCAGGAAAGCGCGUGGGUGCCCAUGUGUCUCUCCCUUCUUGUUUCGUCCCCUGCAGGCAGACAUAAAUCCGACAUCGGCAAGGAUGUUGCCAAGCUCAUCAACCCAGUCAGCAGCCCCAACAUCAAGUUCUACAAGAAGUUCUGGCCCAACGCAUGGGGCGACAAGCUCAUACCCAACGGACUCGCCAAGGCGCUCGGCGACUACCCACCCUACAAAAAGUACCAGUGCUUCUAUGGCACGUGGCUCACCGACUCGCCCCCACUCACAUGUGCCCAGUCCAUCAAGGUCAUCAGAUGUAUCGACCAACACGCGACAGUGUGGCGACUCAAGAAAGGAGCAAGGACUCCGCCGUCUGUGAGUGGUCAAGGCUUCUUAUCUCUGUUGCCUCUGCUAUGGUGGCUUUUGAAGAAGACGCGCAUUCUCGACGUGCACUUGCGGCGCGGUCUCCCUUCAGCACUUAUACGUUUUGCCUCGGCUUGCAUGGAACGAUGGCCACCAUCUCAGGCCAAUUCAACUGAAUUUGCCGAAGCUGGAAAGAAUGCGGACGGUGCUGACUGCGACGGUUUGUUCUGUGAGGCGGAGGUCAUUUUCCUGCGUGACAUAUCAAUCGGUGACACUGUUCUGUCUUGGGACGCGACAAGAAGGCGGCACACAUGGAAAGACGUCUACUUCAAAGAGACAUUUGGUAGGGAAAGGGGUGCACCGGUCGACCAUUGUGGGACACCAUCGUGUGUGCCAUAAGUGUCUAUGCCGUAUCGAUUAUCGUUGCGCAGACCCCCCUGGCCCGUCCGAUCUGACCCCCACGGUGACGAUCACCGUCCACCGCCCCCGCACAUCCCUCACCCUCUCCCCGUCACACCUGCUGCCGGUGGUCGUGCCAUCGACAAGGCACAGGACGAGACUGGUGGCUGCGAGUGAGGUGCGGGUGGGAGACAUGGUCUAUGUAGGCGGGAAAGGGGGCGACGCGAUGGGACGCGUUGCCGGCGUCAAGUGGAGGCAAGAAGUGAGCAAGAGAUGGACAGACAGACAGACAGACAGACAGACAGAACGAAUGAGAGCGUGUGUCUUCUGAUCUGGCUGUCAGCGACGUGUCUUGUCGUUGAUGUAUGUGAUGGGCGGCUACCUCGUGGCCAACGGGAUUGUGAUAUCUGACGCCGACGAGCCCCUCGACCUGCCCACGCAGGGCAGAUGGACGGCUGUCACUAACCUGGACACAAGGCAAGCCGAGCCGAGCUCCUGCACGCACAGGGAAGACAUGGAGGGACACGUAUUGAUGAUAUCAGGCUUCUGUACCUUGUUGGUGGUGCUGCUGCGGUCGAUUCGUGGUGGUACCGUGCAUAUUGGAGGUGAGCGAGACGACCGCCUCAGGUUGCACAUCUUGUCCACGUCUCCCUGCAUUGCAUCUGUCAGAUGGAGCGUAAGGCUCAACGAUGGGCUUCAGGCUUUGUGUGCGAGAGCACAAGAGGCUCUCUCUGACCUGUGGACGACAUUUGUGAUGUAGUGUAGGUGAUGCGUUUAUGGGAUUGCAAUUGAGG